AUGGGGGGGGGGGUGGGGGGGGGGGGGGGGGGGGGGGGGGGGGGGGGGGGGGGGGGGGGGGGUGGGGGGGGGGGGGGGGGGGGGGGGGGGGGGGGGGGGGGGGGGGGGGGGGGGGGGGGGGGGGGGGGGGGGGGGGGGGGGUGGGGGGGGGGGGGGGGGGGGGGGGGGGGGGGGGGGGGGGGGGGGGGGGGGGGGGGGGGGGGGGGGGGGGGGGGGGGGGGGGGGGGGGGGGGGGGGGGGGGGGGGGGGGGGGGGUGGGGGGGGGGGUGGGGGGGGGGGGGGGGGGGGGGGGGGGGGGGGGGGGGGGGGGGGGGGGGGGGGGGGGGGGGGGGGGGGGGGGGGGGGGGGGGGGGGGGGGGGGGGGGGGGGGUGGGGGGGGGGGGGGGGGGGGGGGGGGGGGGGGGGGGGGGGGGGGGGGGGGGGGGGGGGGGGGGGGGGGGGGGGGGGGGGGGGGGGGGGGGGGGGGGGGGGGGGGGGGGGGGGGGGGGGGGGGGGGGGGGGGGGGGGGGGGGGGGGGGGGGGGGGGGGGGGGGGGGGGGGGGGGGGGGGGGGGGGGGGGGGGGGGGGGGGGGGGGGGGGGGGGGGGGGGGGGGGGGGGGGGGGGGGGGGGGGGGGGGGGGGGGGGGGGGGGGGGGGGGGGGGGGGGGGGGGGGGGGGGGGGGGGGGGGGGGGGGGGGGGGGGGGGGGGGGGGGGGGGGGGGGGGGGGGGGGGGGGGUGGGGGGGGGGGGGGGGGGGGGGGGGGGGGGGGGGGGGGGGGGGGGGGGGGGGGGUGGGGGGGGGGGGGGGGGGGGGGGGGGGGGGGGGGGGGGGGGGGGGGGGGGGGGGGGGGGGGGGGGGUGUUGGGGGGGGGGGGGGGGGGGGGGGGGGGGGGGGGGGGGGGGGGGGGGGGGGGGGGGGGGGGGGGGGGGGGGGGGGGGGGGGGGGGGGGGGGGGGGGGGGGGGGGGGGGGGGGGGGGGGGGGGGGGGGGGGGGGGGGGGGGGGGGGGGGGGGGGGGGGGGGGGGGGGGGGGGGGGGGGGGGGGGGGUGGGGGGGGGGGGGGGGGGGGGGGGGGGGGGGGGGGGGGGGGGGGGGGGGGGGGGGGGGGGGGGGGGGGGGGGGGGGGGGGGGGGGGGGGGGGGGGGGGGGGGGGGGGGGGGAGGAUUUUAAUAAGCUCUGUCCCCGGGCUCUCAGAGCUCUGUCCCCGGGCUCUCAGAGCUCUGUCCCCGGGCUCUCAGAGCUCUGUCCCCGGGCUCUCAGAGCUCUGUCCCCGGGCUCUCAGAGCUCUGUCCCCGGGUUCUCAGAGCUCUGUCCCCGGGCUCUCAGAGCUCUGUCCCCGGGUUCUCAGAGCUCUGUCCCCGGGUUCUCUGAGCUCUGUCCCCGGGUUCUCAGAGCUCUGUCCCCGGGCUCUCAGAGCUCUGUCCCCGGGUUCUCAGAGCUCUGUCCCCGGGUUCUCAGAGCUCUGUCCCCGGGCUCUCAGAGCUCUGUCCCCGGGUUCUCAGAGCUCUGUCCCCGGGCUCUCAGAGCUCUGUCCCCGGGUUCUCUGAGCUCUGUCCCCGGGUUCUCAGAGCUCUGUCCCCGGGCUCUCAGAGCUCUGUCCCCGGGUUCUCAGAGCUCUGUCCCCGGGUUCUCAGAGCUCUGUCCCCGGGUUCUCUGA